AUGGCCAACAACGGAACUCAGCUUACUUACCCCUGGCCAACAACAGACACGAUUCAAGAACUCAGAUUUCCUGCAAUCAGCCAACUUAAACGUAUCUCAAUACCAACUCGCGCUCAAAUUCUGGAACAAAGAGUAUCAUUAAUACCUUCAUUAUUUCAAAAACUCUCAACUUACAAAGACUUUAGAAUAAAUUUAGUGUGGAGUUUAAUCAAAGAAUCAUUAGAAAUGAACAAAAAAUUAUAUACACGAAGAAAAAGUGCAAUGAUUCAAUCAGAAUUACACAAUCAAAGUUCUGAAAAAAGACCAUUUUAUGUUACAAAAAAGUUCGAAUUACCUAUUGAAUGA